AUGACAAUAGACACCUCGGAGGUUGCCGCGCAGAGAAUAACGGGAUUCCCUUAUGCCUUUGUUCCCCAUCUACCCCUAAAGGCCGACCGACACACUCAUCUUGAACCCCAAACAGCCAUGCCUCUCAUCGUGGAUACCGACUCCGAGUCCGAUUUCACAACAAAUCCAGAAUCUCGAUUUGGGGUGAACAAGACGGUGGCAGUGAUAGGCUCAGGCAUCAGCGGAGUCUGUGCUGCUGCUCAUCUCCUCAAACAUGGACUCUCCGUGACCGUCUUUGAACGGUCCAACGGCGCCGGCGGUGUAUGGAAGUUCGACGAGCGUCCACCGGAAGAUCCUCCGUAUGUUUACCGUCCACCAUCUUACGGAGAUCAGCACCACAUCCCCUCAGGUGCCGUUUUUGAUGGUGGAGACGCGGACUUUUCGAAUCUUGAAAUACGAUUCGCGCCCCCGAGCCCGUGUUAUGUUGGGCUAAAGACCAAUGUCCCAACACCACUGAUGGGAACUGCGUUAGGGAACUGGCCCGAGGGGAGUCCGGCAUCGGUCAGCCAUUCCACUGCUCUCCAAUACAUCCGUUCUCUAGCCAAAAGGUCCGGAUUGGAUGCAGUGACGGAGUUCCACACUCGAGUCGAGGAUGUCAGAAAGACAAGCGACGGUUCAAAGUGGAGGAUCACUACCCUAGCGCUGGAAAAGGAAGACGGGAUCCCUAGCGCUCGGUUCACACAGAAAGUCAGGGAUUUUGAUCUGGUUGUCGUCGCCUCGGGGCAUUACAAUAUGCCGCGUAUUCCGCAAAUCGAAGGCCUGAAAGAGUGGAAGGACUCUUUCCCCGACAGAGUUAUUCACUCGAAGAGGUACCGGAAUCCUGAGAAGUACCGGGACCAGAAUGCGCUCGUGAUCGGAGCCGGCGUGUCCGCUACAGAUGUCUGUAAGGAACUCGGCGAGAUAUCCAACAAGACGUACCAGAGCACUCGUAACGGACGGUUUGACCUUCCGGCGAGCGUACUGCCUCCGAACGCCGUCCGAGUCGCGACAGUGGAGAGGUUUGUCCCUCCAGAAGCAAAAAUUGAAGGGGAAGAGCCGACACUCGGGAACAAUCAGCCAAUACCCGGGUCUGUUGUGCUCACAGACGGAACAGUCCUACAAGAUAUCCAUCAAGUAGUGAUAGCCACCGGAUACAUUGUGUCCUACCCCUUUCUGCCGCAGUUGCACUCCGACACGACUGUUGAUGCCGAUCCUAACGACGAGCUGGUUGUGACAUCGGACGGCGUCAUGACGCACAACCUUCACAAGGACAUCUUUUACAUCAACGACCCGACGCUGGCGUUCAUUGGCGUUCCCUACCACGUCGCGACCUUUUCACUUUUCGACUUCCAGGCCCAGGCGUUGGCGAGGGUGUUCGCCGGUAGAGCAAAACUGCCGACGCAAGAAGACAUGCGGAGAAAAUAUGAGGAGCGUGUGGAGAGCAAAGGGCGGGGACGUUUCUUCCAUUCCUUAGUAACACCUGGGCAUGAAAUCGCCUAUGUCAAAGAUCUCGCGGAGUGGGUAAACAGCUAUGUGAAGGAAACGGAAGGCGAACCCAUGCCGACUCAUUCAGAGGAAUUUUUGAAGGAGUAUGAAGUAUUGAAGAGCAGGUUAAGGGGCCUGUACCCGGAAGUUGCUAAGAAUGAUGGGAGGUUGCAGGAAUAG